GGGACCAAGCCACCAUAUUGCAUUAUCCGCACCCGGUUUCGUAAUCAUACUGCUCUCUCUCUCUCUCCCUCCCUCGAUUUUCUCACAGCUGGGAUCUCUUUCCUGCUCUCAGCUCUGCCCUUUUCUCCACAGGUAUUUUUCCUAAUCAAUGAUUAUCAGCUCAUGGUUUUGUUGGUCUUUGUCGAGAUGUUCUAAUCUUUCUUUUCACAGAACACCGUGGUUUCUUAGAUCUAAAGUUGGCUUAACGAACUUUUGUAUAUCCUCCCCUUUUAGAUCUAAUUCGUGUCUUCUCUUGUCCGAAAUAUGAUUGUUAGAUUACAAAGUCCCUCUAAAUUUAAGGCUUCUGUAACACUUUGAAUAAUGGGUUCGAUGUUUGGAAUGAGUUUUUAUGUUAAUUUCUUAUUCCAUUGAUUUACCAUUGUGAGUCUGUCUUCUGGGUAUCCUUUAAAUCGACGCAAUUUGUUGCCAAUCUCUUUUUCUUCUGCAUUUCGGUUGUUUUUAAUUGGUGGGGUUGUCUCAAACAUGGUAACUGUGAAUCUCGGGAUGCUCCAUUAUGUAUUGGAUCAUGUUUAUGGUGCAUUUGUUCAUAGAACAAAGAUAAGCCCUCCGUUUUUCUCAAGAGGGUGGGGUGGGAACAAGCUUGAUAUGCUGGAGACGAUGAUCAAGCAGCUAUUUCCUGAUCUUGGGAACCAGAACUGGCCUCCCAGUUUGAUCCAGCCCUUAUGGAGAACAAUUUGGGAGACAAAGACGGCUUGGUUGAGAGAAGGAGUUUUCAGGACUCCUUGCGACGAGCAGCUUCUAAGUGCAUUGCCUCCUGAGUGUCACAAGGCAAGAGUCGCUUUUCUCAUGCCCAAAUUUGUGCAGCCGCAGAAAAUGGCCUGCGUGGUUCAUCUUGCAGGCACUGGGGACCAUACAUUUGAGCGGAGGUUGCGUCUUGGUGGCCCAUUGUUGAAAGAAAACAUAGCAACCAUGGUGCUUGAGAGCCCUUUCUAUGGACAGAGACGUCCUGUGCUGCAGCAUGGUGCAAAACUCUUGUGUGUAAGUGAUUUGCUGUUACUAGGAAGAGUCACCAUUGAAGAGACCCGCAGUCUUUUAUACUGGUUAGACUCCGAGGCAGGGUUUGGAAAGUUGGGUGUUUGUGGACUUAGCAUGGGAGGAGUACAUGCGGCAAUGGUUGGAUCUCUGCACCCUACACCAGUUGCAACACUCCCAUUCCUUUCACCACACUCAGCCGUUGUGGCAUUUUGUGAAGGGAUACUGAAGUAUGGCACUGCAUGGGAAGCAUUGAGAGAGGAUCUUGCUAUGCAGAAAGAUACACUCACACUUGAGGAAGUGAGAGAGCGGAUGCGAACUGUGCUCUCUCUCACUGAUGUCACGCGCUUUCCAAUUCCCAAAAAUCCCCAUGCUGUCAUAUUUGUUGCUGCCACUGAUGACGGGUACAUCCCAAAACAUUCGGUGCUGGAGCUUCAAAGAGCUUGGCCGGGAUCAGAAGUAAGAUGGGUGACUGGAGGGCACGUCUCAUCCUUUCUUCUUCACAAUGGGGAGUUCCGCAGGGCAAUUGCUGAUGGCCUAAACAGAUUACAGUGGAAAGAGUCCCAUUUGUGACAGGGUAGGGGUGGGCAGCCAAAUGCUUGUGCUGAAGAUAUACAGUUUUAACAUGUAUAGUGGGAUAAUAGGUGACACAGGAAAACACCCCCACAAAACUGGGUGUUCUGUAAUCAUACUAUCUCAUUGUGCCACCAAAGAAACCAUUCAUAAGAUGUUGAUUUGUUUUAGUGGGCUGUUGCCACUAUGGAAACUAUUAAUAAGAUGUUGAUUUGUUUCAGUGGGCUGUUCUGUAACUUUGCCAUUUCAUUUGUGUUACCAAUAAAAUUUCCCCAUUUUUGGGAAGUUAUUUGGAAUUAUAAAUGAACUGUCCACUUUUGGGCUC